AUGAACUUCGAGUUCAACAACACUGUUGGGGGGGACCCUUUGCUGGAGCAGCUCAGAUAUGAUCAUCGCGACCGCUACUCCUAUACCACUGCCGUCUCCUCCGCUCCUCUCCAGAACAUCACCUCCACCGCCUUGACAACCAUGUCCCAGUCAAGUCGUCAAAGCCUGAGCCCAGUUACGAGCUGGCUUCCACUUGACCUCACCGGCACCAUGAGCGCGCCUGUGUCGGUUCACUCUCCCAACUCUGCCAGUGGAGCAGCUUCAUCGCCCGAUGACCACAGUGCCCAUUCACCGACUCACCAGAGCGCCAUGUCGAGCCCUCUUCAACAGCAGCACUCCCCAUACCACACAGCUGCCCACCAGAACCCAACAGGUCUCAUCUCGGACUGGCCUCUUCCCACCCAGCAAGCGACUACUGAUCUUUCUCAGUUUAUCCAGGACUCGGCCUUGAUGCACUUCAACCCUUUCAUGACCGGCUUUCAGCAGGGCGCCAUCGAGUAUCUUCCAGCGACCACUCAGGGCUUGGAGAAUCAAGGGUUACAGUUGGAGCCCGCGUUUGCCAUUUCACCAGUCGACGACGGCUCCCAGGCAUUGCAGUGGGGGACCUCUGGCAUGGCAAACUGGCAGGAUUUUGAGCCCAUUGGUUUCCACCCCGACGGUCUUCCACGGGGCGUGACAAGCAGUCUGGGAAGCCAUUCACCCACGGGGACAUACUUGGAGGUUUUGUCGCUUGGUGGCAGCAGCGACAACGGGUGGACAACAGUUGACCCGAUGUUUCCGAACUACACCCAAAACGCUGCAAUUUUCAACCCAAGUCAAACCCUGCACUUGCGCAGCGAGUCGGGGUCAUCUACAUCUGACAGAAACUCUCUCGAGUUUGGCAGCUACGAAGAGGUCUCCUUCCCACCAUAUUCCCCUUACUCGCCUGGUUCCGACAGCUAUGUAGACCCAUCAUCGAACCACCGAAACUGUCCCCCUGGUGACCACCACCAUCAUCACCAGCACAACCACCAGCACAGCCACCAACAACAUCACCCUCAUCAGUCCACAUCAGCCGAACUGAUCAGUCCAGCCGCUGCUGUUGCCCCCAUGUCUAUCAAGACCAUCGCCGCCACCAGCAGACCAGUUGCCAGCGGUAGCGGAGCUGGGUCCGUCUCACCUCCCGCCAGAAGAAACUCUGGGACGAGAAAGAGCCCCAUUGCCAAGGCCACCAAGUCGGUAAUUCGGAGGACGUCAACCGGCAAGAAGGAUGGGACGGGCGAGAAGAAGGUUGGCAGGCGUCGUGGGCCUUUGCUUCCUGAGCAACGCAAGCAGGCCAGUGAAAUUAGGAAGCUUCGCGCUUGCCUUCGCUGCAAGUUCCUCAAGAAGACCUGUGACAAGGGCGAGCCUUGUGCUGGUUGUCAGCCAUCUCACGCGCGUCUCUGGCAAGUUCCUUGCACUCGUAUUGACAUCAAGGAUAUCGGCUAUUUCAUGAAGGACUGGAAGGCUGAUUACGAGCGUCAUCUUGGCCGUGGAAUGUCGGUUUUCAACGUCAAGGGUUUCGCUCAAAAGGAGACCCUCAUGUGGAUCACCCACGGCUAUGGCUUUGCUCUUCCGGUUAUGGUCCGCGAGGUGUAUGUGGCUGAUGACAGCUGCUUCCAGGUUGACUGGGUUGAGUCGACUUUGACUGAUCAAGAACCUAUUGAGUUUGACAUCCGCACGGAGCACCUUGAUGUUGGCCAGGAGGGUAUCUCGUCCGAGGCUCUCUCUGAAUACCUUGACAAGCACAUUGACGAGGGCUUCGAAAGAUUCAUUGACGACCACUUUGAGGGCACUCCUUUCAUCACCGACAUCUUCAAGACCGCAUACCGCUACUACGCCAAGGAAAGAUCGCCCGUCAUUCGCAAGGCUCUCAAGCUUGUUGUGGCUUACAACCUCACCCUUCACAUCACCAUGAUCGAGCAACCACAAACCGAGGCUGCUAUGGAGGGCCAGAUUGAUGACGAGGACUCAAAGUACUAUGGAAAGGUUGUAGCCCCAGUCAUGAUCAACUUCCAGAUCAAGUGCGCCAUGGCCGAUUUGUGGCGUGAGCUUCAGAAAGAUGUUCUGGAGGAACUCUCUGCGCUUUACUCUAGCGUGUACAGUGGUGAGCGCUUGAAGAACUGGCCAACCAUCUUCAUGCUCGCUUCCAUCCUUCUUGCCGUCUGGGAGGAGAUCCAGUUCGACUGCCACUACCGCGUGCCGGAUCCAGUUGCCGUUGAGAAGUUCUGCACCGACAUGGAGACUGUCCCAGUGGGUGUCAUUGUUGGUCUUUUCCACGCCAUCUCCCAGAAGCUUCCAUCAUUCACUGAGUGGGACACCCGGAGACACGGUCAGCUCUUGAACAACAACCCUGCGGUCUGUGACGCCAUGACCGAAGUCAGACAGCACGUCAUCAAGCAUGAGUCUUACCUCCGGACGCGUGCGGACUCCAAGUUUGACCGUUAUGACUUUGAUUCAUUAUCAAACAAGCUCCUCUCAAAGCUCGUCAUCCGUGCCAACUAA